CCAGAACUAGCCUAGACGCAACACACUUGGCGUGCGCUGUUAACCAGAGCGGGGCGGGGCGGCAACGGCUGCGAAUCUGAGACAACUCGAUGGCGGUUGUACGUCCCGCGCACCAACUUCCUGCAGAGUUCAGUGACUUCAGUCUGGAGCAUUAUGUUAUAUCUAAUGGUUCUCUUAUCACUUGCUUUUAUGCUAUGAAUACUCAUAACUCGAUAUAACAGCAGAAGACCGUGAACAAAGGCCUGACCUUGAACAUGGCUCGCGCACUGGAGGAUUACCGCGUCGAAAUGCUGGCCAAACUACAGCCCGAGCGUCCGCCCACGCCUCCGGGCCCCGCAGAGUUCCUUAGCAAUGCCCGGCAGUUCGGUACCACCCAGGCCACGCUCUGCUCAGCCGCACGCCUGGCCGCGGCGCAGCUGGAGCACGAGCGCGAGGACCCGUGGCGAACACAGUGGGCCGCUGCCAGCGCCGCUCGGGGCCGCUACCCGUCCGAAGCGGAUGACUUUAUCCGCCUUGGCGAUACCGACAGCAGCAGCUGCGACCUGUCGCAUUCCGGAGAGCUGGACCGCGGCAGUAGCUGUGCGUCCGUGCCGGCAGCAGCUGGCAUGCUCGCCAGCGGCGCCAGCGCUAUUAGCUCGGGACAACUCGGCGGUGGCUUUGGAACCCGUGCUACCGGCUUCUGCAGCGGCGGUGGCGGUCGCAGCUCAGGCCGACUGCAGCUACAACCGCUACCAUACGCGUCGCGCCGCUCCUCCUGCAGCAACGCAUCAAUUGGCGCCGCCGGCGCCGCCGCUGGGCCGCCAGUAGCAACCACGCGGCUGGCAGCCGGCGGCAGCCGGCGGGAAAGCACCUCCUGGGCCGUGAGCACGGAUGCGCGUGCUGCUCCGGGUAACGACGUGCCGCCGGCAGUAGCAGCAGAGGCCACCGGGUACGGCUGUAGCAGCCGCCGCUGCAUGGCGCCUGCGCAGGCGCAGCCGCCCGCAGCAGCAUCCGGGCCGCGCUCUGUUUCCUUUGUUGAUCGCCUGUCUGCCGGCCAAAUCCGUCAGCAGCGGGACUGCGGCAUGGAGGGCGUCCUGAGUAUUGGCGUGACGCCAGGCAGCAGCGAUGACGACAGCGGCGAUGACGUCGGCUAUUGCGCCGCGCGCCCGGCAGUAGCAGCAGGGCAUGAGGCGCCUGGCAGCGGCAGUGGCAGCGGCAGUGGCAGCGGCAGUGGCAGCGGCAGUGGCGCCGGCCGGACCAGCAACUGCAGUAGCAGCAGCGGCGCCGUGCCGGUGCUGGUCCUGCCGCUGCCGGGCCUAGGCCGGCCGUCAGCGGCGCCGUCGUCGCAGCGGCGGCAGCUGCUGCUGCAGUCCCAGCAGCGCGGCGGCGGCGAGUUGCCGGCACCGCCGCCGCCGCCGCCGCCACCUUUCGCCUGGGAGUACAGCCGUGGCGGUGGCGCCUCCGCUGUCACAGCCGACAGCACAGCCGGUGGCGCCGCCGCAGGCAUGGGUUACAGCGAGGGCGCGAAUGCCGGGCCUGCUGCUACGCCGCUGCCGCGCCGCUGCCGCCGGCGGGCGACCCUGGAUGGGGAGGGCGUUUGGCUGCAGUCCGCGGCCGCGGCCCACGAGGGCGCCGGAGCAGACGCUGGCAUUGCCGAGACCGCAGGCGGUGAUUGCAGCGAGUAUAUUGGGGACUGGCAUGUUUCGCGCCCGCGGCGUCCGCAGCCCCAUGGCGGCGCCGAUGCCGCUGCUGCGGCUACAGCCCCCGAGGCCUUACGUGGCAGCGGGGCACUCCGCCCGACGUCUCACGUGGGCGGCCCAUCCGGAGCCACAGGCGGCGCCGCUGCUCCCACGGCUGCCAGCGGCCCCUGGCCAUCGCGGCCGCCAACGACGCACUCACGGCUCCACGAUAGCAGUAGCCGGCGCACCAGCCUCUUAAACGAUACUGUGAAUGCGGGUGUUACUGGCGCCUCUGCCGCUACCUGUGGCGGCGGCGUUGGCAGCAGCAGCACCACCAUCGGCGAAGUUGCUGGCACGGCCACUAGCGGGGCCGUUGGCGGCGCCGCCGCCAUUGCGUCAGCGCAACCUGCCUUCCGCCGAUUCGCCUCGCACAGCAGUUCUUCGCGCCAUACGACCGCCGCGGCCGUGGCCUUGCACGCCACGGUGGCAGCGGGCGGCGGCCGCCGCCGCUGCAGCUCUGAUGAACUUGCGGGCGACGUUUACGACUUGGCCAGGAGCGAGGUGCCGGCGGCAAAUGCGGCGGCCAGGACGUCCAGCAACGCGGCGGGCACGCCUCCGGAUGCGUCUGAGCCCUGGGCGCGCGCAGCCUUGAUGCGGCCCCGGGGCCGCGGCGGCAUGUCGUUGCCGCCUGCUGCUGCCGCUGCUAAGGCGGCAGCGGCAACGACAGCGGGAGCGGGAGCUACUAGUGGGACGUUGUCGGCAGCGCGUUUGGAUGCUGCCGCCGAGUCGACUAGCGCACCGUUGCCCUCGCUUCGCCCCCACCAGCAACAGCAACAGCCCCCGCUCCCCCAGCAGCAGCAGCAGCAGCAGCCACUGCAGCGGCACCGCCCAUCGCCGGCUCUGCGGGAGCGCGAGGCAGCGCUGCUGCCGCCGCCUCAGUGUGUGCAUCAGUACGUGCAGACGAUGGCAGGUGCCAGCGCCGGCACAACUACUGAUGCCGCGUACGAGGCAUGGGCUGCUACAGCCACCGGCGGCGCGCCGCCAGCGGCCGCUGGCUCGCGGCGCUACAGCCGUCGAUCGCUGGACGAGGCUCUCCUGGCGCGCGCCGCCAGCGGCCACAGCACCUGCAGCAGCGGCAGGGGCAGCGGCAGCACACAGGCGACCGGCGGCGGUCACGCACAAGGGGUUGCCACCGGCGGUAGCGCUCUUCCAAUCGGUGCGCCGGCGGAAUCAGCAGCAGCAGCAGCAGCAGCAGCGCCAGCGCCGCAGCCGGCACGGGAACAUUUGUCCGCACGCGCCGUCGUUGGACAAGGCCAUGGCAACAGCAGCAGUGUGUUGAAGCCGUCCGCGCUUCCUCUCGGCAUGUUCGCCGCUGCAUCUUCCGCUGCUGCUGCUGCUACCACCGGGAUCACCGCCUCUGAGGUUGAAGCAAAGGGUGCGCCCAGCGGAGCUGAUGCGGCCGGUGCUGGCGGCGGUGCUGGUGCUGCUGGAACCGGCGGCGGCGGGCGAAUGAUGGCCAAGCUGUUUAAGGCCCUGUCAGACUUGCGCAGCGGUGAUUGAUGCGCGGCGACUGAUAGUGCACUCAUAAGUUUGCACAGCCACGGCAUGGGUGUGAUAGUAAUGGUGAGGAUGCACGACGCACGGCGGGUUAGCUAGUUUCCAUGUCCACAUUUGGGAUGUGCGGUUAGCGCUCAUUCAUUCUUUCACACUGCAACAAGUGUGUUGUACCUCGCGGUCGGAUGCGGCCAAGCCCAGCGGUGUGGCAUGGGCAGCGCUUUCGUGAAAAUAGGAGCAAGUAUCGAUGGACGCGGUACCGGUGCAUUGCUUGCUGCUUGUGCAAGGGGUCCGCAAUAACCAUAAAUCAACUCUUCCGAAAGGUGUCAAGAGACGUUGCGAUUGUACUGAUAGUUGAUCAAGGUAAGCAUGUGGAACGCGGGUAUGCAUUCCAUGCGCCUACUAUUACAAUAUAACCCGUGCAUGUGGAAUAAGCGACGUCGUGGCUGGCCGUGUGGGGCUUGUCAGGGCUAGUGCGCCUGCGGCACCAUGCGCGUGCCAGCAGCCAGCAUGAUUGGGCUGUCUGUUGUUCGCGCCUGUUUCUAUUUAUUUUGCCCUAUAUCAUUCUUUGUGGAGAUAAGUACUUAUGUCAGUCGAAGGGUAUGACAGCGAGGAAACACAAGGAAACACGAUAGGUUUGCGUAAUCAGUUUGGUGAUCGUACGCACGGUGUUAUAAAUAUGCGCAGUACGAUAUGCGUGAGCACACGUCUGAUUGGCAACGGUUCCUUACAUAGAUGGGCAUGGAGCAAAGCGGGCUUCGCCGACUGCACAGGUACUAGGUGUUGGCCGGUACGUAUUCUCGUCUGUGGCUGGUUGCAAAUGUUCACAGGGUACGGAUGUUGGUUUACUCGCCCACGGGGUGGAUGCCUGGAUGGGAAUGCCGUGUGUGCCCGUGAGACGCCCUUCCCUCGUGCGGGCCGCACCUGACACGGUGGUGCUGGUAUCGGCGGAACCAGGCGAUGACUCCCUACGACGGAACACUUUGACCCUCUUUAUGCAACUCCAAUUCAGAGAUGCCCGGGCGGCGUGCCUUGUGCCUUGGCGCGGCAGCCGUGCAUUACCUUGCUGUGAUGGUUGCGUAUGUGCCCCCGCCAAAACGUAUUUAAGGGGUAAGAGUGGAGCGGUAGGAGACAUGCAAGGUGUGUUUGGUACACGUGUGUACCAGCCAUCGGGGGCUCGACCUGCACUCGCUGCAUGCCCAGGCGCGCUGGCCCAUCCCGCGGGCCCUUACUUUAUAUUAAUGCAGGGAUGCCAUGCUUUUGAAAGCAGCAUGGGUUUGGUUCACGUACAGUACGCCCCACCGUCCGAGUCGCUGAAUGGCCACUACCGUAGUUGGUCAUGUACAUAUACGGUACACAUGCUACGCUGUGCUGCCGUCAUCUAAACAUUCCUGACGCAACUGAAGAUGUCUCCUGUGUACAUUCAAUGUACUGCGGUGUGCACAGACUGCAUGCGUUACAAGAGGGACGUGCUGACACAGUUCACGAGCCAGUGACGUGGAAAGCGAUCACCCUGCUCUGGACCCCAGGGGCGGGCCGCCUGCAACGCCGUCGGCCUACUCUAGCUCUAGUA